AACACGAAUUCCCAAAACUGCAAGGGUUUCGCACCCGUGUUAUUCGAGCCGGGCUCCCGCAUGAUCCCGCAACAGGUGCCUAGGUCAAGCCGGUACGCUUGCUCCAAAUACUCAGAUGCUUCCCAACACUCACAAGGCUGUGUCCAGAGCAGGCUGUAUUCCACGUGUGAUCUUACAUGCCGCUCUUCAACUUCAAAUCCGGAAAGUUUCGAAGGAGUUAUUGCAAGCCUUCAAUCCGCCGAACAUGACUUAGCUUCCUCUCCUGGUAUGGCAGAACUGUUGCUAUUUUCCGAGAGCUGGAAAUAA